UUUUCUAACAAUACAGCAUAUUUCUGUAAACUGCGAUGCAUUCUGUGGUCACGUGACGGUUUAACGCAGAUCCACAGAAUACUGCUGUAAAUUUCAAAUAUUUCAACGGUCAAGACUCGAAUAAGGGCAAGAGGAACGAUACACAGCUGUGGUUGACCCGGAUUUGGUAACGUUAAAGUUACGCAUCCUCGUUCCGUGGGGCGCGAAUGAGAUUCGGGCUUUCAGCAGCGAGGUCGUGGCAUAAUUUCAGAGAGAAAGAUUUUCAGUUCUUUGGACAAAACUUGGUGAUGGGUCAACUGCUAAAGGAUCUCAAAGACCUCGAGAUUCUGUGAAAUUGAUAGAGCAAGUUUUGUGGCAGACCCGCUUGCCAAGGGACCAAACAGGACAGUGCAGUCAUAUAAAGCUGCGACAAAUGGUAGAGUUUAUUUGUGCCCCUGCCAUUUCUUCUGGACAGAUCGCCUACUUGAAGAAUGAUGUCUUCAAAUGUGGGGGAGGAGGUGCUACAAGUAAUUUCAAAAGCGCUGCCUGGUCUUCUUCAAGAAAAGAAGGAACAGUUGCUGCAGAGACUUCUGAGCUGGGGUGUGGAGAGCAAGGAUGAUCUCAAGUAUGUGGAGGGAGCCCCUGGAGUGGACCUGUCUGAUUUACUCCCGCCCAUCCAGAUUCGCAAACUUCUAGACAGAUUUAAACAAGCUGGAGAACAAAAUCUAGCUGGUACUAAUGUUUCUCCAGUAAUACCUCCGCCAUCAUCCACUGCCACCUUGGACAUUGGCCCACCAAGCCCUUCUUCAGCCACACCAGUUACGUGGCAUGAAUCAUUUCAGAUUCCUUGGGAUCAAAUGCCGAGCAAAUUACGCAGUGCAGUAGCGAAUGGAAAGAGACCACUCCCUUCUGAUCGCCGCAAAAUGAUUAGAAUUAUUGUUGAUGAGAUCAGGAAAUACGAAAAAAAUCCAAGCAAAGCGCAGUGCCAUGCUGUUGCUGCCAAAAUGGUCAAACAUUAUCCAAAGAGCUUUUCUGAUUUUGAUGAUGGUCAAGAAAAAAAUGAAAUUGGGUACUACUCCCUCUUAAAGCAAAUAAAAACCCGUGUUGAACACGUUAAUAGAAAUAAUACCUUAGCACGCAAACGGCAGAUAAUGGGAUUAACUGACACUACUGAGAAAAUGCAAUGCAGGGGACAAACAGCCACAUAUGGGUGUACCAAAUGGCAGCCUGAGCCUCCCCUUGCAAAUUCUGAUGAUGUUCUUGAGGAAAAAAGACAAACCUUAGAGAAUUUGUACCAGAGAUAUGGAAAAAGUGGAGCUGACAGGGGUGAUGUUUGUGCUUUAAUGAAACAAACAUACUAUUUACAAAGAAAGCACAUCAAUGAUACACAAACAUCUCCUAUCAAAGACCUAAAAAGCAAAUGGCCAUAUCUGUUUCAGCAAAAGCACAUGUAUGCACAUUUUGAGGAGCUAACUAAUAUCACCAUACACAAAAAGCUCAGCCUGACAAUGGAGCAGUACAGCAACAUCCUCGUUGACUUCUUUAAGAGCAGACCCACAAAUGAUGAUGUCAAGAAAGUCUUGUCCAGCGAAGAAGAAGAAGAAGUUGGACCCCUCGUGAUUAAACUUAUCCUGGCACAUUUCCGAGAGGAUCCAGAUGGACUUCUGCUCUUUGCAGAUAAGUGUGCCACAGCAGCUGACAUUCACACGACUCUGACAAUACCCGGGAGCCCACGACUAGUUGUGCUUGGAGACACUUUGUCUAGUGGGCAGUGGAUGCUCACAAUUGAAGGUGAGGUGGUGUGUGAGGGCAUUCAGCCCACUUUCCUGUCCGGCCUGGCGACUCUGUUCACAGCAUAUUAUGUGUUCAAUCUUCAUUACCAGGAGGAGGCAGCAUGUACAUUGGAGUUUAUUCAGAGGCGCUUUGUUGGUAUAAAUCCUAGAGGAACAAAGACGUCCAAAGGAAAGGUGCCAUCUAAAAAAACAGGGCAAAUGGUACAAAAGAAGCAGCUUGAAGUGAAUCCACACGUUGCUACUCUUCUUUCCAAAUUGAUGGAUUUUCAGUGGAAGUUCUGAAAUUAACUCUUUGCAUCCUGUGAUGGAACAGCACCUAAGGCUGAUUUGUUCUGCUAACCUCCCCGAUGUUCGUUGGACUCACUUGGGGCCUUGUGGAGAGUUGAUGAGUUCCCCAGCAUGUUUGUGAUUUAAUAAACUUGUUUUAUUGUGAUCAUAUUGAUCAACAUAUUUUUAAAUUAUGCAGUUUGCAUAUUUGUUCUUUA